AUUGUAAUCUUAGGCACGUCAGAUAGUGCUUCGGAGUUUCCACCGAGUAAAAGUUUGGGCCUCCGUGGGUGACGGUGCCUAUUUAUUUUGUGCCGUUCUUUACUGCUGUAUAGCUACCAAGCUUCCCAUUUCAAUCAUCUAGCUGAAGCUGACAUCAAACAAAAAGAUGGAGAAAUCUGGGUAUGGACGAGACGGUAUUUUCAGGUCUCUAAGACCACCUCUACUUCUCCCCAAGGAACGAAGUCUUUCCAUGGUUUCUUUUCUAUUCAGAAACAUCUCUUCUUACCCUGAUAAACCGGCCCUCAUCGAUGCUGAUACUGAUGAAACUCUCUCCUUCUCUCAAUUCAAAUCCACUGUCCUCAAACUCUCCCAUGCUUUUCUCAAUCUGGGUGUCAAUAGAACCGAUCGAGUCUUGAUCUUUGCACCCAAUUCCAUCCAGUUCCCUCUUUGUUUCUUCGCUGUAACCGCCAUAGGCGCCAUUGCUACAACGGCCAACCCCAUGUAUACUGUCCAUGAACUCUCCAAACAAGUCAAAGAUUCCAAUCCCAAACUUGUUGUCACUGUCCCUGAGUUGUUCGACAAAGUUAAGGGUUUCGAGCUCCCUGUAAUCUUGCUUGGUCCUGGAGGAAACCAAACCAUCUGACGUGAAAAUAUCCCAAAGGUCAUAUCUUUUCAUGAUCUUCUCGAUUUAGCGGGGGAUGUAAAAGAAUUUCCCGCAGUUUCUGUUAAGCAGACUGAUACGGCAGCCCUUCUGUACUCUUCAGGCACGACAGGGGUCAGUAAGGGUGUUGUUUUGACACAUAGGAAUUUCAUUGCAGCAGCUUUGAUGGUAACCAUGGAUCAAGAAAUUGCUGGGGAUAUGCACCGGGUUUUCUUGUGUGUAUUGCCAAUGUUCCAUGUGUUCGGAUUGGCAGUUAUAGUGUACGGGCAGCUUCAGAAGGGGAAUUCGUUGGUGUCAAUGUCAAAGUUUGACUUUGGGAUGUUUUUGAGGAAUAUAGACAAGUAUAGAGUAACUCAUUUGUGGGUUGUGCCUCCGAUUGUGCUUGCCAUGGCUAAGCAGCCUGUUGUUAACAAGUUUGAUCUUUCUUCAGUGAGGCAAAUCGGUUCUGGUGCUGCACCUCUGGGGAAGGAGUUGAUGGAGGAAUGUGCAAAGAAAUUUCCUCAGGCUGUGGUUAUGCAGGGUUUUGGAAUGACUGAAACGUGUGGCAUUGUCUCAAUGGAAAAUACUUCAAUUGGUGUUCGACAUACUGGUUCAACUGGCAUGCUGGUUUCAACCGUUGAAGCCCAAAUAAUCUGUACACAGAGCCAAAAACCUCUUCCUCCUAAUAAAUUGGGCGAAAUAUGGGUCCAAGGGCCUAAUAUGAUGCAAGGUUACUUCAACAAUCCACAAGCAACAAAACUCACAAUAGAUGGAAAGGGUUGGGUACAUACAGGAGAUCUUGGAUACUUUGAUGAGGAUGGGAAUCUGUAUGUUGUCGACAGAAUUAAGGAGUUGAUUAAGUACAAAGGUUUCCAGAUUGCACCAGCAGAGCUCGAAGGUCUACUUGUAUCUCACCCUGAAAUAUUGGAUGCGGUUGUCAUCCCGUAUCCUGAUGCUGAAGCUGGGGAGGUCCCAAUUGCAUACGUAGUGCGUUCACCCAACAGUUGCCUAACAGAAGAAGAUGUUAAAAUUUUUACCGCUGAACAGGUGGCGCCUUUCAAAAGAUUACGGAGGGUGACAUUCAUUAACAGUGUCCCAAAGUCGGUUUCGGGGAAGAUCCUGAGAAGACAACUUAUUGAGAAGGUAGGAUCCAAGAUCUGAAAUUAAAUGGUAAUGCAGAUCAACCCAAAAAGGUAUUUAGAUGCUCGCCUGGAACAUGAUACUCAUAAAUUAAAGCUUAUGUUAAUUUGGCAUAGUAACAAAUAUGAAUAUGUGUUUACUACACGUAUAUUUGUUUUUAAUUUCUUUUUCUAUAUUUGGAGAACGAUGUUAAUUAUU